AUGCAAUUUAUUAAAUUUAGAAAUUGCAAAACCAAACGACGAAGAUCCGGGAAGUCGAAGCGAAAACGUUCUGCAGUCCCGGUGGAAAUAAGCAAACGGAACGAGGACAACGAAAAGACGGCCGUGUUUCAAUUCAAUCCAGAUGAAGGUUGUACAGCAUGCAAUCCGGUUCUUCGUCGCACGCUCACCGAAAGUCUUCUGGAAGCACAAUUCUGGACAGACAACAACAGCAAACCCAAUACAUCCAAUCCAUUUUCCACCGGUUGGACAUCGGAUGUAGUCAAUCUGGCACUGUUUCGUAAAGGGCGAAAUAAUAAUCUCACCGGAUCUGGGAGAGUUAAGUCCGAUAAUAAUAAGACGAUGAAAUCAACCUUAAAUCGAACUGGAAAAACUGUGAAAUAUCUUACAUCUUUCAAACAUUUAGAUGAUUUGAAUGACUACAUUGUACAGUAUAGACAACCAAAAUGCAUUGAAAAUGUUCAGCCUCAGGGUCGACCUCCCGUGGCACAUGUGGUGAACGUGAAUUCAAAUUUCCGUUUCGGAAGCGGAAAGUAA